AUCCGCCUUGUGAAAAGUGCUCUUGCUCUGUCUCUCGUUCGUCUUCUUACUUGCUCCAUAAGGUUUUUAUAAAAAACAACAUGGAUGGCUGUUCUAUCAGCUGGGAAUGGAGUGGCCUAAGGAAAUGAUUCUAAUCUCAUAGCCGAGAAAAGAAAGGCGUCAAGACAUCUAAAUGACCAAGGCCUUGUCACGAGCUGGGCUUGAACCAGCGCUUUCCAGAUGGGAUUUCAACCUUGCUGAUCGUGACUUUGGUAACCCGGUUCGACACGGGGUGCCUACGUCCGGGGCCCUUUGAGAGGACUCAAGUGGCAGUUGGGCUUUCCUCCCAGUUCCGCUUCUGCUCUAAGCAGAAAGACUUGUCCGAAAUCGCCGGUUGGGUUGGUAAAACCAAGAAAGACAUGGGACGAUCCAUUAGGUUCUUCGAUUUGUUCAGAAAAGAAACGAUAGCCAAGAAAACAUCUUUGAUUACGAUUAAAAGGAACAAUCUCAAAUAGACCAAGAUCCAACUUCGGGUCAUUUCUUGGUGAACAUGAUCUGCCAUAAUCUCUUCGAUCCCUUCAUUAAUGUGCCAGAAUAAAGAGAGAUUUGGUAGGAAAGUGGAAGAGAUUUUUUUGUAUAUGAUAAUCAAAGGGAGUGGGAAAGCUGCAGUAAUUCUUUGGAAAAGCCCGAUUCUCUUUGUCUUCGAGCUUUCAUAUUUUAAUCCACUCUUUCGUUCCUUCAUAUACCUCCCCACCAAUAGAUAGAGACAAAUGGGAAUAACCGAACCACGUCUACAAAAUGCCAGUACCACGCAGCUGCUUCAAAGCCAACGUGAUGCUCCUUGGUCAGAUGACCAAGAUAUUGGCGAAUACCACAUAUGAUCAAGAAAAGAGUACCUAUAAUCACAUGAAAACCAUGAAAGCCAGUUGCUAAGAAAAAGGUAGAACCAUA